GCGCCGCUCCGUGGGCCGCCGGAGCCGCACGUCGGGCCGCCCUCCUCUUCCUCCCCACCGCCGCCGCCUCUCGCUAUGAAUGCACGCCGGGCCCUGCUCUCCGCCGCCUUGCUCGCCAGCCUCCUCUGGGAUUUACCUUGCUGCCUCCCGGCUUCCCUCCCCGCCGCCUCGGAGCUCGCCGCCUCCUCCAAGGGCGGACGGGGCCGCAGGGUGCCGCGGUCCCCACGGGAGACCCGCCCGCGGCAAGGGGGACACGCCGCGGGCCGGGCGCUCCCACGGGCGGAACCCCACGAGUACAUGCUGUCUCUGUUCAGGACUUACUCCAUCGCGGAGAAACUGGGCAUCAACGCCAGCUUUUUCCAGUCGUCCAAGUCCGCCAACACCAUCACUAGUUUUGUAGACAGGGGACGAGACGAUCUCUCGCCCGCUCCCUUGAGGCGGCAGCAGUACGUGUUUGAUGUGUCGACCCUCUCGGAGACGGAGGAGCUGGUGGGGGCCGAGCUGCGGCUGUUCCGCCGGGCCCCCCGCGGCCGCCCGCCGCCCGCCGCCCCGCUGCACAUGCAGCUCUUCCCCUGCCUCUCGCCGCGGCCGCUGGACUCCCGCGCCCUGGACCCGCGGGCGGCCCCGGCCGCCGGCUGGGAGGUCUUCGACGUGCGGCAGGGCCUGCGGGAGCGGCGGCCCUGGAGGCGGCUGUGCCUGGAGCUGCGCGCCUCGGCGGGCCGCGGGCCGCCGCGCUGGCAGGACCUGCGGGGCCUGGGCUUCGGGCGCCGGACGCGGCCGCCGCAGGAGCGGGCGCUGCUGGUGGUCUUCACCCGCGCCCGGCGGCGGAGCCUCCUCGGGGAGCUGCGCGCCGAGCUGGGCGCCCCGCCGCCGCCCGCCGCCCGCCGCCCGCCGCCCCGGCGCCAGCGGCGCACCGCCUUCGCCAGCCGGCACGGCAAGCGGCACGGCAAGAAGUCCCGCCUGCGCUGCAGCAAGAAGCCGCUGCACGUCAACUUCAAGGAGCUGGGCUGGGACGACUGGAUUAUCGCCCCGCUGGAGUACGAGGCCCACCACUGCGAGGGGGUCUGCGACUUCCCGCUGCGCUCCCACCUGGAGCCCACGAACCACGCCAUCAUCCAGACCCUCAUGAACUCCAUGGACCCCGGCUCCACGCCGCCCAGCUGCUGCGUCCCCACCAAAUUGACUCCCAUCAGCAUCCUCUACAUCGACGCGGGCAACAACGUGGUGUACAAGCAGUACGAGGACAUGGUGGUGGAAUCCUGCGGCUGCAGGUAGCGGGCGCGACGCCCCUCGGCGGCAGCCGGAGCUGCGUCAGGCGGAGGAUGCGCCGGCGGCGGCGGGGCCCGCCCGGAGCGCGGCUGGGGCGGAGGGGCCCGGCGGGGCCCGGCGGGGCGGCGGGGGCCCGGGGACGGGCGAGCGGGCGGGGCGGGCGGCGAGGGCCCGCCGGGUCCCGACCCCGCUCCCCUUCCCUGCCCCGCGGUUGAUCUGGCGGUCGGUGCCCCCGCCCCCCGCCAAAGGUGACGGCAAUUCACCGGGUGCAAACGGAGCCGGGGCAGGGAGGGAGCAGGCUCGGCCCCGGCUCGGAGGUCGCUCUCAAGGGGGCCGCUGCGUUCCUGCCCUCUCUCUUCCACAUUCCUGCAAGCUUACCGUCCAGAAAUAGCCUGCGGCCCCCCAUCCCUAAAGGAAAAAAAAAAAAAAGACAGCGAGGAAAAAAAAAAAGAUAAUUGCUCAAAAUUGUAAUUACCGGUUAGGUUUCAUUUUAAGACAGCAGCGAAAAACUGUGAAGAGCGAAGUGUUACGGCAAAGCGCAACCUGGGGGGUUGGGGAAGGAAACUCCUUGGGAUGGCACGGACGGUGCGAGGAUGCUGUGGCCAGACCUUUAGAUAGCUCGAGCUCGGCGGCCCCCGCGACCUGCUGCAGUAUUAUACGCAAAUGUGCUGGAAAAAGGCGUUUUGUGUAAGAUUCCUGUUUCUUUCCCACCUUUGGUCUCAGCUGUGGCUUCACCUGAGGGAAGUGCACUUCGAAGCACGCCUAGCCCUUUCUUAAUGUAACUAUGAUGCUCAUAGUUUCAGGCUUUUCCCCGCUGAUUUCUAGAAUUGUUGGCUUAUCUGGUUUCACAGAGCUACAAACUGGCGGAAAAAAAAAUUUAAAAAAGAGAAGAGAAUAAUAAUAUAAAAUGCUAAUAAAAAGACUCGACCAGGAGCAAUAAUUUAAAAUGCACAUUUUGCUUUGGAUGCACUGUUGUUCAUAUAAAAGUUGUAAAUAUUUGUUUAUUUAAACAGACUGAAAAGUGCAAAAUGGAGAUGAACAACAUGCAUUUCUUUUUUUUAAUGUACAAAACAUUAUAUGCACUCGAAAUGUUAUAAUUUCUAAUAUUUUUAAAAGUUUAUAUUUGAGUUGUACAGAAUUAAGCAUUAAUUAGAUAUUUCAUCCUUACUUAUCAUUUCCUUAAGAUAUUAUUACAAGAUUUAAAUUCUGUGCUAAUAAUGGAGAAAAGAACCUUUUUUUUUUAUUGUCUACCUCACUAUAAUGCAAGUAUUUACAACUCUAAAGUUAUCUGAGGUAAAUUAAUAUUCAGAGCAUUUUUACAAUACACCUUUACUGGACGAUACUACAACUAUUACUGUAUUAUUAAACGUUUUUUUUUCCCAAAAAGCCAGCUUGCUUUUUAUAUGUUCUAUUAUUUAGUUAAGUAAUUCUGAGUUCUCAAGUAAACAUUGGCUCCAGUUCUAAAAUGCUGCAGAGCUGAGUUGGAGCGAGUGCCACUUUAAGGUGUACCUAAAGCCAUUCCUCCUAGCUGAAGACUUUUUGUACCCUUACGAGAUCUUUAGUUUCAUCUGUGGUGUAUGCCGGUGGCAUAAAGCUGCGUUAUGUUUUCAUGCGUUUUAUGCAAUGAUUACUGUAAGUGGGAGAAUGCGUUAAGGGGAAAAAUUCAGGCAAACCUUUGUAAAUCUCAUCUGUACUGGGCACAUUUAUAUACACUGUAUGAUGGUGAUGAGCUAAAGGCAAUGAAUGUUUUAUAAAUGAUAUUUAUUUUGAUACAAUGGGUAAUAUAUUUAUUAA